AUGCCCGGCCCUUCACUUGCCAGGCUUGUCCCUCAAAGUUCAACCGCAGCACUAAAUCACAGUAAUUCUCAGCGCCUGGCUGACACGCUUCAGUUCGAGGGCUCUCCCGCGGCCAACCGCAGCAAAUCUAGCGAUGACCACAGCACAGUACAGGCUGGUGAAUCUACUAUCAGAGACGUUCCGAUGCCAGCUGCUCCACAAAGCGAAACAUGGAAGUUGGAUCUGCCUUCAACCCCCGCUGUCAAACUACUCCAAGCUGCCAAUCGAAGCCAGCUAGAAGAGCUUUACUUCAGCAAAUUCCAUCCACAUUGGCCUAUUUUGCACCACCAAACAUUCCAGAACUCAGCGCAAAUACCUACCCUAUCAAUAGCGGUCUUAUUGGCUGGACUAUGGAUGGUAGGAGACCCCCGGGCAAGAGACGAGGCAAAGCUUUAUCAUGACACCAUUCUGAAUGGACUCGAUCGGAAACUCGUAAAGGCUCCUCUCCCUCAUGCGUUCUCUAUCCGUAUAUCGUUAUGA